AUGUCAGCACUGUACUUUCAAAAUUUACCCAGUAGGCCAGCAAAUAAAGAAAAUUAUACCAGAUUACUUCUGAAACACAUUAAUCCCAACAACAAGUAUGCCAUUAAUCCGUCGCUACCCCUUCCCCACAAUAAAUUACAAAUAUCAUCACAACCGCUGAUGUUACUAGAUGAUCAAAUGGGCCUUCUUGAAGUUUCUAUUUCAAGAUCAUCAAAGAUGACUAACCAAGCAUUUUUAACGUUUGUCACUCAAGAAGAAGCAGACCGGUUUCUAGAAAAAUACACGACAACAGCAUUAAAAGUUCAAGGUCGUAAAGUGAGAAUGGGAAAGGCUCGAACAAAUUCGUUAUUGGGUCUUUCAAUAGAAAUGCAAAAAAAAAAAGGUAAUGACGAAACGUACAACCUUGAUAUAAAGAAGGUGCUUAAAGCAAGGAAACUUAAACGCAAGUUACGUAGUGAUGAUAUAUGCGCCAAAAAGUUCAGGCUUAAAAGGCAAAUAAGACGCCUGAAGCAUAAGCUGAGAUCAAGAAAGGUAGAGGAGGCUGAGAUUGAUAGGAUUGUAAAAGAAUUUGAAACCCGUAGAUUGGAAAACAUGAAGUCUCAGCAAGAAAAUCUAAAACAAUCGCAGAAACCUCUUAAGCGGGCUAAAGUGUCCAAUACAAUGGAAAAUCCACCGAACAAAGUCCUUCUUAUACAAAAUUUGCCAAGCGGCACUACCGAGCAAUUAUUGUCGCAAAUACUUGGCAAUGAGGCUUUAGUUGAAAUCAGAUUAGUUAGCGUUCGUAACCUAGCUUUCGUGGAAUACGAGACCGUUGCUGAUGCUACGAAAAUCAAGAAUCAGUUAGGCUCCACUUACAAGCUACAAAACAAUGACGUUACCAUAGGAUUUGCUAAGUAG